AUGCAUUUCUCUUCUGCACUCGCUCUCGGUGCUGUUCUUUCAGCAGUUGUCGCUCACCCAGGAGGACACGAUGUUUCUCCAAAGGAAAUGGUCCGUCGUAGUGGUCUCUCCAAGCGUUGCGAAUCCGCCGCUGGAGCCAUGAACCAAAAGCGUUGGGCUGCGCACCAAGAGAAGCGUUCAUUGGCAUCUCGUGCCGUUACCCCCGCGCCUAUUCACAACGAGCCAUUCUACAAGGUCAUUCAAAACGACACCUGUAUUCUCGAGCCGGAGGUCACCGCUGGACCAUACUUCUGGCCUCAAUCCCAAACUAUGAGACAAGACAUGGCUGAGGACCAACCCGGUGUUCCUCUCUAUCUCGACAUCGGUGUCCUCGACACCAACAACUGCAAGCCCUUGGCCGACGUUCUUGUAGAUCUAUGGCACUGCAACGCAACAGGCUCGUACUCUUCCUUCGAGGCUCACAGUCCGGAUAUACCAUUUCUUGAGCUUUUGGCCUCUCUCAACCAGACCUUCGAUCCAAUGACCCGACUUGAUCUCCACACCGGCAACACCACCUGGCUCCGAGGCAUGUGGCCUACCAACAAGGAGGGAAUGAUGGAGAUGAAGACCGUCUUCCCCGGAUUCUACAUCGAGCGAACGAUCCACAUCCACGCUCAGGUGCACACCAAAUGGGCCAUUGGGGCCAACGGAACCAUUGCGUCAGGUAAUACCGUUUCCACAGGCCAAAUCUACUUUGACGAGGAUGUUUCCAAGCAGAUCAUGGCUCUGGAACCAUACACCCAACACGACACCAUCAACCGAACCACCAACGUCAUUGAUCCAUACUUUGGAGUGAACUUUGAGUCUGGUUUCAACCCUGUCAUGUCGGUUGUUCCUUUGGAUGGAAAGGAUAUUACCAAGGGAAUGGUUGCUUACAUCACUCUUGGUGUUAACGCUACUGACACUGAUGUCGAUGGUCUUGGGAAAUACUAG